GUGGACUGUAAUCCCUUACGUGACUGAAUUGUCUAUACUCCUUUAAAUUUAGUCUACUGUGAUUUUAAAGGAUCUUGCAACUUCAGAGCUCAACCUGUCGGACCAGUUUUUCAAGUUUCAUUAUACAGGUAGCCAUUACGACCGCAGGUAGGCUGAAGGGAGUGAACAAAACCCAGUAGUUCUUUGUAACAGGGAAGUGAGCUAGUAUGGUUUAGAAUCUGGAAAUCGAAAGAACAGCAUACAUUUAAAGUGAAGGAAGAACAUCUGGAAGUUAGGAAAACUGACUGCCUGACCUCACCAUGAGUCGUGAGCGGGCAGACUCCCAGGGGUCACUGGGGCCUGACGAUGAGGUCAUGCCCUACAGUGACGAUGAGACGGACGAUGAGCUGGAGCCCACCUCUGAUGUCGAGGAGCACGAAGUUGCCCCCCCUGUGGUGGAACCCAAGUCCGCUGAGUCUGGCUGGAGGGUCAAAGCCAAUGACCGUGACUUCUGCAAUCUCCCUGAAUUUCAGAAGAAGGUCUUCUUGUGCAUGAAGAAGAGCAGAUACUCCGGGAACGGUAUCAAGACGUACAAAUACAACGCAUUCACCUUCAUACCCCUGAAUUUGUACGAGCAGUUCAAACGAGCGGCUAAUCUCUAUUUUCUGGCUUUACUUAUCCUACAGAUCAUUCCUCAAAUCACAACUCUGCCUUGGUACACAACGCUGGUGCCUUUGGUUCUGGUGUUGGGAAUCACAGCCAUUAAAGAUCUAGUGGAUGACCUGGCACGCCAUAGGAUGGACAAAGAGAUUAACAACAGGAAGAGUGAAGUCCUUCUCAAUGGCAGAUUUGAAGAAUCCAAAUGGAUGAAUAUCUGUGUUGGAGAUGUGGUUCGUUUGAAGAAGAAUGACUUCAUUCCUGCUGACAUUCUGUUGCUGUCCAGCUCAAACCCCAACAGUCUUUGUUAUGUAGAAACAGCUGAGCUUGAUGGGGAGACUAAUCUUAAGUUCAAAAUGGGCCUCAAAGUGACAGAUGAGAGGCUUCAGGAGGAAAGCCAGCUGGCACGCUUUGACGCUAUGAUCAUUUGCGAGGAACCAAACAACCGUCUGGACAAGUUCACAGGCACCAUGAGGUGGAAGAAGGACAGCUACCCGCUAGACCUGGACAACAUGCUGCUGAGAGGCUGCACGAUCCGCAACACGGAUGAGUGUCAGGGCCUCGUCAUCUUCGCAGGUGCCGAUACCAAGAUCAUGAGGAACGGUGGCAAGACCCGGUUUAAAAGGACUAAAAUUGAUGAGUUGAUGAACUACAUGGUUUACACUAUCUUUGUUCUCCUCAUCCUGGUGGCUGCUGGUCUGGCAAUCGGGCACACCUUCUGGUGGCAGGAGAUUGGCAGCCAAGCAUGGUACCUAUUUGAUGGGAAAGAUCAGUCCGCUUCCUACAGAGGCUUCCUCAGCUUCUGGGGCUACAUUAUUGUGCUCAACACUAUGGUGCCAAUUUCCCUCUACGUCAGUGUGGAGGUCAUCCGGCUGGGUCAGAGCAAGUUCAUUAACUGGGACCUGCAGAUGUAUUAUGGUGAUAAGGAUACCCCGGCCAAGGCCCGCACCACCACCCUGAACGAGCAGCUGGGCCAGAUUGAGUACAUCUUCUCAGACAAGACUGGCACCCUCACACAGAACAUCAUGGCCUUCAAGAAAUGCACCAUCGGCGGCAAAACCUAUGGUGACCCCACCAGUGCUGAAGGUGUAUCACUGGACCGAUCGCGGCCGGUGGACUUGAACUGGAACAAAUACGCAGAGAAGAACUUCCCGUUUUUUGACCACUCCCUAGUAUCCUGCAUUCAGUUAAAAAAGGACCCUGAUGUGCUCGAGUUCUUCAAGCUGCUGUCUCUCUGCCACACUGUCAUGGUGGAGCACAAGGAUGAUGACCUGGUGUACCAGGCUGCGUCCCCGGACGAAGGUGCGCUGGUGACUGCAGCACGGAACUUUGGCUUUGUCUUCCUGUCUCGCACCCAGGAUACAAUCACCAUCAGCGAGAUGGGCACUGAGAUGACGUACGAGAUGUUGGCCCUGCUGGACUUCAACAGCGACCGCAAACGCAUGUCUAUCAUCUUGCGGUUCCCGGAUGGCCGAAUCCGUCUGUACUGCAAGGGGGCAGACACGGUCAUCUAUGAGCGUCUGCACCCCAGCUCUCAGCACAAGGAGACCAGUCAGACUGCGCUGGACAUUUUUGCCAACGAGACUCUUCGGACCCUCUGCUUGUGCUAUAAAGACAUCAGCGCGCAGGAGUUUGCUGACUGGGCCAGGAAGCACAAGGCUGCUAGCAUUGUAAUGAGCGACAGAGAAACUGCACUUGACCAGGUGUAUGAGCUGAUCGAGAGCAACCUGAUGCUGAUUGGAGCAACAGCCAUUGAGGACAAGCUCCAGGAUGGGGUUCCUGAGACUAUUGCCAAACUGGCCAAGGCUGACAUCAAAAUCUGGGUUCUGACCGGGGAUAAGAAAGAAACUGCAGAAAACAUUGGGUACUCCUGCGAACUUCUGACCGAUGACAUGCAGAUUCACUACGGAGAGGACGUCAAUGAGAAGCUGCGAAUCCGACAGGCCAACAGGAGGAACCAGGAGCCAUUAACACACAGGAACAAGAAGGCUAAGGAGCUCUUCUUCACGGACCCUGGAAAGAACGCCCUUAUCAUCACCGGUGGUUGGCUGAAUGAGAUCCUGUAUGAAAAAAAGAAGAAGAGGCGUCGCCUGAAGCUGCGGAAACUGAGGAAGAAGCCCCCUCCUCCCACCAGCCCCCAGGACGGCCAGCCGAUUGACGAUUGGGAGAAGGAGCAGAGGCAGAUUGACUUUGUGGACAUGGCGUGCGAGUGCAGUGCGGUCAUCUGCUGCCGUGUCACGCCCAAGCAGAAGGCCAACGUCGUCAGCCUGGUCAAGAAGUACAAGAAGGCAGUCACACUGUCCAUUGGAGAUGGAGCCAAUGACGUCAACAUGAUCAAGACGGCAGACAUUGGGGUGGGUAUCAGCGGCCAGGAAGGCAUGCAGGCCGUCAUGUCUAGCGACUACGCUUUCGCCCAGUUCCGUUACCUACAGCGCCUCCUGCUGGUGCACGGCCGCUGGUCUUACAUCCGCAUGUGCAAGUUCCUGCGCUACUUCUUCUACAAGAACUUUGCCUUCACCCUGGUCCACUUCUGGUACUCCUUCUUCAGCGGAUUCUCAUCACAGGUGGCAUAUGAAGACUGGUUCAUUACUCUCUACAAUGUCUGUUACAGCAGUCUUCCUGUCCUGCUGGUGGGCUUGUUAGAUCAGGACGUUAACGACAAACUGAGUCUGCGCUUUCCCAAACUGUACCUACCAGGCCAGCAGGGGUCACUCUUCAAUUACAAGAACUUCUUCAUCAGUCUGUUCCAUGGAAUCUUUACUUCACUUACCAUCUUCUUCAUACCGUACGGAGCCUUCCUGCAGACUAUGGGACAAGAUGGAGAGGCUCCGUCUGACUACCAGUCCUUCGCCGUGGUGACCGCGUCCUCACUUAUCUUCACUGUCAACAUGCAGAUUUCUCUCGACACCUCGUACUGGACCUUUGUGAACUGCUUUGCAGUCUUGGGCAGUAUAGCAAUAUACUUUGGCAUCAUGUUCGACAUCCACAGUGCAGGAAUCCAUGUGAUCUUCCCUUCAGCGUUCACCUUCACUGGUGUGGCCUCCAAUGCACUGCGGCAGCCCUACCUGUGGCUCACCAUCAUUCUGACCGUGGGCAUUAGCUUGCUGCCUGUCAUCUGCAUUCAGUUCCUCCAUAAAACAAUAUGGCCGUCUGAGGGAGACAAGGUCCAAAGGUACAGGAAGAAGUAUGAGGCAGAGGAGGAGGAGAAGAAGAAGCCCAGGCCCUUCGAGCGAGGCCGCCGGUCACGGCGCUCCGCCUACGCCUUCUCCCACUCGCGGGGCUACGCCGACCUCAUCGCGUCCGGCCGCAGCAUCCGGCGAAGGCCGCCAGUACGGCGGGACGCCCCCGCCAGUAUUCCAGAGAUCCAGGCAGAGAACAGCUGAGGGCCGCUCAGCACGUGCCUGCCUGUCCAGACUGUGAAAGCCUAACGGCGCACCAGGGACCUGGGUAUAUUUUAAAGUUUCAUCUGUGACACACAAUGUUAUACUUCUCAGGAUUGAAAAUACUUUUUUUUUUUCGUUUUUUUUUUUUUUUACUGCAACAACAUCUCCCUGACAUUUGAAAUGAUUGUCGUUAAGUACUCACUCACGGUACAGCUGAGCCUGUUAUUGUGUCUGAUCUAUACGUUCUCUCCUGUUGUGUCUGGUUACUGGUUACAGUAUAUUUUUAUACCACAAUGAACAGGAAGCCAUGGGAGUUGGUGUUAUAAAAAUGGUUGUAAUUUAAUAUAUUGUUUAUUGAUGCUUGACAUUUUUGUGGGUUAGGUGGAGAAAAUGAUAAGUAUCCUGGGCUGGAUUUUUAUGGGCUUUACUGGCUUUGUCAUUUCAGCGUUGGAGCCUAUCAGUGUCACCCUUUUUUCUUUUUGCACGGUUUGUCCGUUAAUGUCUCCAAAUAGCAGUCUUUCACAGUCACUCUUUUCUAAAGGGUAAUUUAUUUUUUCUGAGUACAUGUUUUAAAACCGAAAUGCUGUUUAAAUGCCACUGUUAACUGUAAUACUAUAGAACCUUGCCCUAUUGCCCUCUUGGAUUCUUCAGCCAAACUUCCACCCCCUUCCCAAUUUGUAUUUUUAUUUUUUAUUAGACUUUCAGUAACAGCAACAGUUAAUGAUCACAAAGCCAAUUACAGGCUUGUAAUGUAUGUUUUUGGCAUAAUACCUGGCAGGGAAGUGUGCCUUGCUAUAAGUGAACUGGUUUCUCUGUAAUAGUUAAAAUGAGUUUUCUAUCAGCACUUUAUUUCUCUUUUAAGAGGCUCAGCUUAACAUUGAUCUUGAAUAAAUGACAUGCAUGUGUUUUGUCAUAGAUCAGUACUGACUCAAUUCUGAGAAAUGGUCCCAGUGAUAAAUGCAAAAUAUUGCUCACUGGCAGAAAGAGGGAUAAAAUUAUCAUACAGCUGUUACACUAAACUGCCAUCGUUUCUUUGUACUGUUAAUACCCCAGGAUUAUAUUUGCAACGGCUUUUUAUUUGUUGAAGAUUUUUAAAUGCCAUUAUUUUUGUUUUUGUCACUCUGGAAACACACUUACGCAGUGUGUUCCUACUUUUCUGAGUCUUAAAAAUGACUUUUUACAAUCAACAUGUUUGUAACAUGUUUUUAGAACUCUUAUCAAAUAUACUUUGUAAAAAUGACAAUAAAUAAAGAAUAGAA